AUGGCAGAUCAGGAGAGCAUCGCGACCUUCGUCGAGCUGACCCAAGCUUCACCCGAAGUCGCACAACAGUUUCUCGCAAGCUCAAACGGUGAUCUAGAGACUGCUCUCGGCACAUUCUUUGCAGCUCAGGGCGGCGAGGAGGAUGACAUGGAGACUCCAGAAGCAGAUCUUGUCGCACCGCAGACCGCGGCAGCUCCACACACGCUCUCUGGAGGAUCGGCAGCUGGACCCUGGCCAAGCUCUGCUGCCGCAAAUCCUCGUCCUUCUGCAUCCUCGGCUGCUUCGGGACCCCGCAUCACUGGCCUGGGCGACAUGGGCAGCGCACGCUCCAGCAAGCCUGCACCGGGCAUCAAACGAACAGGACAGCUCGGCAGAAUCUCCCACGACGAUGGCCCGAGCAGCGACGAAGAUGAAGAGGAUGCACCGACCGGUAAGAAGAAGCAAGAGUUCUUUGCGGGCGGCGAAAAGUCUGGCAUCAGCGUUCAGCAGCCUGGCAAGCCCGGAGGCAUGGGUCCAGCCGCAGACAAUCGAUUGGUCCAGGACAUCCUCAAAAAGGCCGAAGAGGCCAGUCCCUCCUCCCCUGCCGGACCAUCAGGAUCACGUCCCCCCGCUGGACCGUCGAGCUUCUUCAGAGGUCAAGGCAACACGCUUGGAUCGGAAGAAGUGCCAUCGCAGCCCGUCGGCACGCCCCUCGCCUCCUCAUCUCGUCAUCCACCAAGCACGCGCGGCACUUUGCCAGGCGCACUCGGAGGAUCGUUCGGUGAAGAGGAGGAUGAUGACGAGCUGAACGAAGACGACGACGGUGCUGAUGAGCCGGCGCGGCGCAUCUUAACUUUCUGGCGGGACGGCUUCAGCAUUGAGGAUGGACCGCUGUUGCGCUACGAUGACAAAGCGAACAAAGAAUAUCUCGACGCGCUCAACUCUGGACGAGCGCCAUUAGAUCUCCUGAACGUCAGAUUUGGUCAGCGUGUCGAUCUGCAGGUCUCGAAGCGGCUUGAUGAAGACUACAAGCCACCGCCUAAACAAGCUGCACGGCCAUUUGAAGGCUCUGGCAAUCGGCUCGGCUCUCCCGCACCUGGUGCUAUGUCAUCCCAGCCAUCAGCUAGUGCCGCUUCGGCAGACCGCACAGCCCGAACGGUCCCUCAGCCCGUAUUUGAAGUCGACAGUAGCCAGCCGACGACUCAGAUACAGAUACGCUCGGGAAGUGGCGAUAGACUCGUCGCUAGAUUCAAUCACACGCACACGGUAGGGGACAUCCGUAGAUAUCUCGAAGCGUCUUCUCCUGGCGCCGGUGAUCGCCCGUACGUACUGCAGACAACGUUCCCCAACCGUGACCUCGAUGACGAUUCCGCUACGAUUGGCGACAGCAAAUUGCUAGGCAGCGUCGUCGUACAGCGCUAUAGGUGA